ACGUAAUAGAUCCACGCUCGCAUUUCCCACUUCCCGAGUUUUCUUCAAAAUAUUUAGCAAAUUACCUCGAAUGUUUUGCUAAUGCUUCAGCUGUAUGGUUUUAGGACAUACAAGGGAAGGGGAACAUUCUGAUUUCAAGGAUUAUAGUUCGACUAGACCUGAUGUGAUGAGAGAUUAGAAUGGCUUCAAAAUGCCUGACGGAUUACACAGAAAACUUUUUCAAGAAAUUACUGCGAAGGAAAUACAUUGACUUCUCUCGGGUUUGCGAGACGAAACUUGAACGUUGUUUGUCAACGUUUGAUCUGACUGCCCUUGGUAUUGGCAGCACCCUCGGAGCCGGCAUCUAUGUGGUAGCAGGACAAGUGGCGCGUACAGUAGCAGGGCCGUCUGUCAUCCUAUCAUUCCUGAUAGCAGCCUUAGCAUCAGUAUUAGCGGGGCUAUGUUAUGCCGAAUUUGGUGCCAGAGUGCCGAAGACAGGUUCAGCGUAUGUCUACAGUUACGUGGCUGUCGGUGAACUAUGGGCGUUCAUCAUCGGAUGGAAUCUCAUCCUGGAGUAUGUUAUAGGCACAGCGAGUGUAGCUCGAGCAUGGAGUGGCUACUUUGAUUCAUUAGUCAACAAUUCAAUCAAGACAGCCUUCCUUGAGCACAUGCCCAUGAAUUUGCCUGGGUUGGCUCCAUAUCCAGACUUCUUUGCCUUCGGGAUAACGUUAUUCUUGUCAAUCAUUCUGUCUGUUGGCGUGAAGGAGUCAUCACGGUUCAACAACAUCUUCACUGGCUUGAAUCUAAUCGUAGUCGCCUAUAUCAUCAUCUGUGGCUUCUUCAAGAUGGAAUUCAGUAACUGGACCAUCGCGGCUGACAGGGUACCACCAAGCACAAACCCCAAAAACCCAGAUGCUAACGGCAAUGGCGGCUUCUUCCCAUUUGGUUUCAGCGGCACAAUGGCUGGUGCUGCCACCUGUUUCUAUGCAUUUAUUGGUUUUGACGUCAUAGCAACCACGGGAGAGGAAGUGAAAAAUCCCCAGAAGGCCAUCCCGCUCGGUAUCGUGUUUUCCCUGUGCGCUUGUUUCUUGGCUUACUUCGGGUUGUCGGCCAUCCUGACCCUGAUGUGCCCAUACUACCUACUGGACACCAACGCCCCACUCCCGCAGGUGUUCGAACGUGCUGGCUGGGGCAUCGCCAAGUAUAUCAUCGCCAUUGGCGCGGUCUGUGGAUUGUCAACAAGCUUGCUUGGAGCCAUGUUCCCUUUACCUCGUGUCAUCUAUGCCAUGUCUAGCGAUGGUGUACUCUUUAGAUUCUUGGCCAAGGUCAACGAACGCUUCAAGACGCCAAUGUUGGCGACUAUAUUGUCUGGCCUGUUUGCUGGUACGAUGGCGGCGGUGUUUGACCUGAUGGCCCUCGUGGACAUGAUGUCUAUAGGAACGUUACUAGCUUACACCAUCGUGGCGGUUUGCGUACUUAUUCUCCGAUAUAGGCCAACACCUGUCUCACUCAACGCCCCAUCGAGCCAUUCAAGUGGUUCUGAUAUCGAGGAUAAGAGGGAUGAUGGGAUCGUGAUGAGUGAUGACGCGGCCGAUGUGAAUGGCCUCAGCAUAUCAUCGGACCGAAAGAAGUCCAGCCAGAGUCUGCACUUGGAACAAGUUGAUGAAAUUUACUCCACCGAUCCUAUUUACAAGAAAAAACCAACAGCAUCGGUGUAUACACAUUCUGAGAUCAUAACGCAGAUUAUACGACCGCCAAAUACAGGUGGUGUGGCAACAGAACUGUCUGGAAUGCUUGUUUCUGGAUGUGUCUUAACAUUGACUGUCGUUAUCCUCUUCCUGGACGCAGUUCUCAUAUUUCUGAAGGACCAGUUGACAUUGAUGGUGGGCUGGGCUCUCUUCCUGGUGAUAUUGCCAUGUAUCCUCAUCAUUUUCCUCAUUGUGACCAUAUCCAGGCAGCCACAGAAUGUCAAAGAUCUAAAGUUCAAGGUGCCAUUGGUGCCCAUACUACCUUGUAUAAGUGUCGCUGUCAACACCUAUCUUAUGAUGAAGCUAUCGCCGGAAACUUGGGUGCGAUUUGCUGUCUGGAUGUUUGUAGGCUUUGUGAUUUACUUUGCGUAUGGAAUCCGGCACAGCUCUGAGGGGAAGUACCUCGCCCAUGAUGUCAUCCCAGCUAUUGAGGAUGCCCACCUGCUGUCGGACAUGACAGUGAAAUCCAACGAAGAAGACAGCCCGGCAUCAUCGGCAGGGAAUAUAGACAUUGAAGGCCAAGAAAGUGCCUUGAGUUAGGCGAGAAAGAUUCGACUUGAGGAUUAUGUCCACAGAAAUACAGAGGUUAGGUCCUGUCCUUGUCUUCCACUCCACAGUCCCGGUAUUGUGUCAUCAGGGUUUUCGUUGUCCCAGUGUGGGGUUAUCUAUGGUUCCAUUGAAUGACAUGGCGCCGACAGAAGUACCACAUUAUCUCAAGUCCUUGUCGUCCUUGUAGCUCGAGCAGAAGCUGUUUUGCAACACCAUUGGUUCUUGAGUUCAACUUGCGUGUGUGUGGGGGGGGGGAGCAUACGUCUCAAAUAGCACAAAUGUUCCCGCCAACAUUCUCAUGACAUCAUCAUGUGUUCAUCUUGGUUACAGGUUUCUACAAACACUCUGCAUGCAGCAUCUCUUGGUUGGCACAUAUUGUCAUAUGUCGUUGAUAUUUUUUGUUGAAUUGUGUAAGAGUAUUUUCCGAGCAUUUGGGUUUUUUAGAUAAGAUUCAGGGAAUACAAUAUGACCUUUUUGAUGUGGCAGCUUGUAUGAAUAACUCUUAUUUCACAUAUGUGCUAUGCUUCUUUAUGCAAAUUUGUAUAUUUAGAUGAGGACGGUAUGAGGUUCUGGUCCGUUCUAGCCUACCAAUUUGCAGCUGCAUGGUAAAAAGGCUUUACAUUUCCCUGGUGCAAAUGCUUUAUUGAAAAAGACAGAGUAAAAUCGAACUUGAAUAGUUGUGCUAACAUUCUAUUUUGUAUAAACAUGUAUAUAUAUAGGUGGUUGGUAAAAUAUGAGUUGCUCUCAAGCGUGUUCGCAAGAUGGCAGCUGAAUUCAGCUUCGUUUAAAAAAACUUUUUAAAAAGAAGAAAAAAAUGAUGCUUUAUAAGUUGGGUUCUAUUGUUGUUGUCAUGUUGAAGUAUUGAGUAGGGCUUCCAUGAUGGGUGCUGGAGCUUUGAAGAGGAUCGGUGCUAUACAAAAUGGCAUUUGCAGGAGAGUUUCCUGAGUGCCUUACAGAGAGUUCCACUGUGUUUGGUUGAGCUUGCUUAGUCUUGGCUUAGUUUGUUUGUUGUGCCUGAAUAGACUCUUGUGACAAGGGUGCUUGUGUUUAUGUAUGUCAGGGAGGAAAAAUGUAUAUAUAAGAAGAGUUGAGCUGCACCAAUUAUUUUAACUCAGAUGAGCACAAGGUCCAUGGACUAUCCAUUAAAUGUUUGGUGUAGCCUCAUUAGAAAUCGAGAAAAAAUAAUGUUGGAAUGUAUAGUGUACGUAUAUAACCAUAUAUGCGUAUAGCUUCUGUAUGAAUUUGAAACCGGUAAGAAAUGCUUUGCUCAAUUUGUAGCUUUGCCAUCUGCUCAAAUUUGUUUGACAAUAUUCAUAAGGCAGCUAAACCUAAAUGAAGUAUUGUUUUGAUCGCCACGUUAUAAUCAAAUACAUAUUGAUUGUUAGUUGAUUGUUAAUUUAGUGCGCCUGAUAAAAUAUGGCAAGGAUUCUGUUUGGGUUGGCCUUUGAUGACAAAAGAGAAACAGUGGCCGACCCAAUGACUGGGCAAUGUAUGGCCACUCGACUGUUGGAGGCACUCAGCUGGCCUGUGCACCAGCUUGACCUCGUCUCUGGCCUGUGCACCAGCUUGACCUCGUCUCUGGCCUGUGCACCAGCUUGACCUCGUCUCUGGCCUGUGCACCAGCUUGACCUCGUCUCUGGCCUGUGCACCAGCUUGACCUCGUCUCUGGCCUGUGCAUCAGCUUGACCUCGUCUCUGGCCUGUGCACCAGCUUGACCUCGUCUCUGGCCUGUGCACCAGCUUGACCUCGUCUCUGGCCUGUGCACCAGCUUGACCUCGUCUCUGGCCUGUGCAUCAGCUUGACCUCGUCUCUGGCCUGUGCACCAGUGACAUGAGUGAGCUAUUUGCAACUGUUUCAAUGCUUUCACAUGCAUUCUGUCUGUACAGUUACACAUAGUAUGGUAUGAUAGUAAUGGUUGUACAUAUCUAUAUGAGUUCAGUGUGUUUAGUGUGUCCAUACACGCAUGUUUGGUCCAUUUUGAAUCGACCAAAGUGCAUGAAGUAUGUGAGGUUCUACUAUUUCUGAACUGUUCAAUAUGUUUUAAAAACACCUAGUAAUUGGCACAAAAAGAUUUUGUUGUUCUCGGUUGAAUCUUUUGUAGUUCAUUCAUGAUGUAUGUGUAGUAGAUAGAAUCAAGUGGUGAAUUACAGCUGGUGUCUCCUCCUGUUGAUGAACACAACAACUAAGAAAUCAAAUGAGUUACCGGUGUCGCCAGAAUUGAACCUGUCAUGUGGUGGUGGAUUUGGUGAGGGACUCGUAAAAUCAGUCGUUUCAAUUUGUUGUUUUUCUUUAAGUAUUUGUUUGUUAUGGUUUUGUUUUAAUAACAUCUCAGUUUCACAUUAAUCAGAUGUCGCCAUGGUAACCAAUAGAUCUUAGUUUAAUUGUGGCGUGUCUCUUGUAAAUCUCGAUAUAUAUUAUGUAGUUUGUGUGUGUAUAUAAUGGCUAGUUCGUCCACAUAAGUUUGGAUUUGUGAAAAUCUCUGGAGUUAUAAGUUGAUACAUGUAUGUGUAUCACAUACGUUGCUUUUUGCCAUUUUGUAGCAGAGUGACAAAAUGUUUGUGGUAGCCAUUUUGUUUUUGAGGUGGUCUUUGAACUUCUCUUGUCUGGCUUGCCUCAAGUUGAGAAAAGGUAAACAAACUGUUGAGGGGAUGGGCAGGUGACGUGCGCUCGCUAGACUCAUUCAUACUAAGAGAAGGGCAUCCAUCAUUUGAGCUAUGGUGACUAUGAUACCCAUCUCUUGGUUAAAGAAGACACCCCUGCAGCCUUUCCUCAACUUGAGAGUAAUACAGAUCACUGCUGUAUUAUAUUGCCUGAUCUAAUAUUCCAGUUAUGGUGUGGCUUCAAAGUGUUCUCUGCUUGAUUAUAUUGUGCCUUGCACACGCAUCUUUCUUCAAUGUCUUGAGGUCACCGUUUCUUUCUAUAAUCCUCUCAUUCAUUUAAGUAGUUCUAAUCAAAUCAUUUUGUGAAUGAAAAGUCAGCAAGACAGUGAAAACUAUCAGAAAGAGUUAUAUUUCUCUUAUACGCAGCCGAUCAUUUGACUUACUGGUGAAACACUCUGUCGUUCAAACGGAGAAUAUGGCACCAUGUUCAUCGAUCAACUGUCAUCUUAACGAGUCCAGCUUGGUGUCACAUUACUCCUUCCAAUUAAGCUUCAUUCUGAUCAACACAUCUGCAUCAAUAAUUUUAACAAUUUUGUAAGCAUUUUUUAUGCAAUUUUGCCGACAUGUUGACAUCUGAUAGAUCUUCUUUAUACUUGUAUCACAAAAGCUCUUAUUUUUAUACUACAUGUACUCAUGUAUAAUGAUAUAUCUCUCAAGUGACACAGAGAUCUGGUGUGCUAAGUGUAUUUUUCUAGGCAUGGUAUUGUGUAGUUUUCUGCAUGUAGUAUCCAUGGUGGACAAGUAAUCCUCAUCAUCUAGAGAUCCAUACCCUUUCUAUUAGGAACAAGUUUACAUAAAUUUUGCUAUGAGUCGGUUCUUUUCUUACUUUUCUUGUGGCCAAAUCAAUAAAGAAGCACCAUCAGAGUGAUUCUUGAAUCUCCUCUCAACCUUGACCUUGUACAAAUGUGUUCUGGUUUCGUCUUUUGUUUUCACUGUUGCCAAUGGGGUAUUCGUCAUUGUACAGGAAAGAAGUGUUGAUGGAUCAUCUUCUUGGUUAUUGAGGGUGGUCUAUUCCAUUAGGUUUGGUAAAAGUCCAACCUCCACAAGGUUACAUGUUGGCUGCAGACGUAUGUGCCCUUGCUAGCCGUAUGCAGUAAAUACAAGAGUCAAUGUUACACAACAACAGGCAUGAGAGUCUUCAGGCUUCAGUCUUCAGUCUUCUGAAUUCAGGGUUUUUAGUGUUAAUCACCUAGCUAAUGCAUUAUUCCAUUAGGACCUGUCAUUUCAGGCUUAACAAAGGUGGUUUCAGUCUUCUCUCAUGCCUGCAACAAGUACCAUUGGCCACAGUGAUUUUAUGCAGUUCAGAAAUGUACAUUAAUUCAAAUUAUGGCUUAUUCACGUAAAUAAAUAAGUAA